CGCCAUUCAUAGGCGGUUCAUAAAAUUAAAAGCACGGGUGAACCAUGCAGCUACUACCUGUGCUGCUCCUGGCGACGAGAGCCCUCACUAGCGCCGCAAGCAGCGCAGCAGACGGCGGCCGAGUGCUCGUGUACCCCGACCAGGGCGGCCUCCACAAGCUGGUGAUGGGCGUCAGCGUGCCCGUGGGGAUGGCCGAGAAGCUCCUGUCGUGGGCAGUGAACCUCCAGUUCCAGUACCAGCUGCCGCAGAACGUGUCCGAGAUCAGGCAGAGUCCGCGCGCGCCGGAGAGGGACUGGCCCGCCGACACGUGGCUGACCAGGCGACACCUUUACCGGGCUCUGGAGGAGCACCUCGACAGGAACGAGGUAGAUGGGCGCGCAUGCGUGCUGCGCACUGUGUGUCAAGUAGCGGAGGCACCUCUGCAUCACAACGGACUGCUGGGGGAGCUUCUGCACGUCUUCUUCACGCCUGCAGGAGACGGCCCAGAGAUCCUGGACGAGUACCGCAGCGCGCAGGACGCUGGCGUGUCCUCGGGCGCGGACUGCCACGACCUGUACCCGGACUGCUCGCCCGGACACGGCCUCUUGGACCUCGUCGCCUACGACUCCCCGUGACGGCCGUGCACCGUGCAACAUUUUUGUGUGCCGUUUGGAUCGUAUUACGCUUUUCUUGUUAGAUUAUCAUGUCCUCGAUUGUCAACUUUACGUUUUUUCUUGUAGAAAUGAGAAUGAAAAGCGCACUGUGAAAAAAAAAAUUGUUAAUGUUACCAUGAUUAGUUUUAAAAAUGUCUUUGUAACGACAAUUAGUGGUGUAAAUAAAAUAUUUUGCCUGUA